CGCACGCGCAACCCUUAUUCUUCCUUUCCGACGCUCGAGCGAGAGAGACAAGAUGGGCCAUCAGCAGCUCUAUUGGAGUCACCCCAGAAAAUUCGGCCAGGGAUCCCGAUCCUGCCGGGUUUGCUCGAACAGACACGGUCUUAUCCGUAAAUACGGGCUCAACAUGUGCCGCCAGUGCUUCAGGCAGUACGCUAAAGACAUCGGCUUCUGCAAGCUGGACUAAAUGUCACGUCCUCAGAUGGGUUCAGUCAUCUCCGUAAGGCUGGCCGAGAUGGGAUAAUUAGCACUGCAAAUAAAUGUGUUCUUUUGACCAAACUAAA